GGACUCAAUUAUGUGAUCUUGGGAGGAUUAAAGGCCGCAAACCCUGCGGUUGAGCUAGUCGGGCAAUUAUGCUGCCGCAUGCGAACAAGCAGUUGGAACCCAGUGGUUCCAGGCUAGUUCUACAAGACAGUGAGUCUGAGAAACCACAACAGGAACAUGCUGUACCAUCAAUAGAAUGUGAGACACAUGCAAGCAGAGAACACAGUGAAGACACUAGCUCUCCUGUUGAAGAUGGGAAUGUUGGGAGCACUUAUCAGGAUAAUUUCAGCAAUGAAGACAUUCAUUAUCAACACAGUGGAUACCAGCUUCUGCCUUCAUACCUGCAGCAGGAUGUAGCAAUGUGGACUUUGCCCAGAGACUCCCAAAAGCAGUGCACUCCUUAUAAUGUGCCUCAUGAAAAGAGAACGGUGAAAAGGAGCUAUACUGAUCAAAUUUGUGUUACUGUGUGGAUAGAAAAAGAUUCUCCAGAGGGACCAAGAAACAUGAAAGCACAGAAUGAAACCACUGAUAUCUGGUUCAAGGUCCUGAUUCCAUAUGGAAGAAAUUAUAACAAGAUAUGGCUAAUGAAAUCAAUCCAGAGCCAGUGCACUGUACCCUUCAUUCCAGUUGAUUUCCACUACAUUAAACAUCAGGCCCGGUUCUUCAUCCUGAAUGCUACCUCUGCCGUUGCCUUGUCAGAAGUCAGCCACAAGAUUUAUGAUGAGGAGAACCGAACAAUACCUGUUUUUGUCCUUCGCUCUGGUGUUCCCUACUCCGUGCAGAAUCAGUUCCAGCCAGAGAAAAUAGAGAAACUAAGGCUGGCUCUAAACAAACGAUAUAGUGCUGACCAGCAAUCUCUUGACCUGCAGAGACUCCGUUUGGACCCAGAUUUGGUAGGCUAUCAUAUUGACAUGAUUCUGAAUCGAAGAAACUGCAUGGCUGCUACUCUACAGGUCAUUCAAACUGAUUUCCCUGAGCUGUUGUCUUUGAACUUGAGUGGCAACAAACUGUACCAGCUGAAUGGCCUGUGUGAAAUUGUCAAUAAGGCCCCUAAUGUCAAGAUCCUGAACCUUUCCACAAAUGAGCUGAGGUCAGUAUGGGAGUUGGACAAUGUGAAAGAGCUGAUGCUCGAAGAACUGUGCCUACAAGUAAACCCCUUGUGUGUCACUUUCCCUAACCAUGCUGCCUAUAUAAGUGCUGUUCGUGAGUGCUUUCCCACAUUAUUACGCCUGGAUGGCCAAGAGUUACUCUUGCCAAAUGUCAUUGAUACUGAUGAGCCAUUCACCUUCCAAGAACUCCCAAAAGGAACUGAAAUGUUGAAGAAGCUGAUCUUGCAGUUCCUGCAGGAGUAUUAUUUUAUCUAUGACUAUGGAGAUCGCCGGCGUCUCCUUGAUGGUUACCACAGGAAGGCCUACAUCUCCCUGACCAUUCCUUUUGAGCCCAUGGAACCUGCCCUGAUUGGCUUAUGCGAGUAUUUCAAGGACAGCAGGAAUAUGAAAUACAUCCAGGACCCAUGUCUACGAAUUCAGAUGCUACAGCACACAAGCCAUGAUAUUGUGCAAACACUCAGCAUAUUGCCCAGAACUCAGCAUAACUUGGACUCCUUUUCACUGGACCUGUGGUUUCAGACAAAUACUACAGUUGGCUUUUCUGUCAACGGAGUGUUCAAGGGAGAAAGUAAUUCUCAGGAUUAUCUUUUUGUCUUUACCCAGAAUUUCAUUAUGACCCCCAAAAACAGUUCCAGUCUUUGCAUCCUGAAUGACCAGCUGUUUGUGAGAGAUGCCAUCCCUGAUAUCCUGAGCGACUUCUGUAUUCCAAGUCCCAAUUCCAACUCUGGCAAAAAGUCCAACCUUACCAAGCUGCAGCUUAAGAUGAUACAAACAUUCUCCGUGCAGUCUGGCAUGCACACUGAGUGGUCUGAAAAGUGUCUCGAGGACAGUGGGUGGAACUAAACCAGAGCCAGGCAAACCAUCACCCUCCAGGCCCAGAGUGACAACCCAGAGAAUGCCUUCAUGCAAAUGCACUAGAAAAUGCCUUUUGAUAGGAUUUUCAUCUCCAAGCAAGUCCUCAUAUUUGGUACUUCCCCAGAUGAAGGAAUUACCCACAAUUGAGAUCAGAGACUUAACUGUCAAAAAACAUCAAAGUUGACUUGUAAGCUGGUAACAUAACCAUCCAAAAGGCCAAAUGUUUUGUGUAUUUUCCCAUUCAAGAUUGCUGUUUAUGUUCAUAAUAAAGUGGCAUAGCAUGUUGUACAUUGUGUGUGCUGGAUUGCACUUCUGCCCCAGCCAUGAGCCAAGAGGGUCAGGAAGGAAAUGCCCUGCUUCUCCCGGCCCUAUGCACUUCCCUGAUGAUCUUGUGCCAGAAGUCUCAAACCUACAACGUCAUCUGAGUCAGCCUGUCUGUCCAAUGCGUUGCUCACAGAGCUUAGCCAUGCCCCAUGUCCAUGUUCUUCAGGAAGUUCAGCCUGUCAUUGUCACUUCCAA